GGAAAGGAUUCCCUUUAAACUGCACGAUCCGUGACGAGGUCUUCGCACGCCCCUUCAUACCAAUGAACGGCCCGUUAUAAAUCGCUUUUACAGAAAUACGCGAUGUUGCACGCGCGCCACCGUCCAUAACUAUCAGCUCGUAAUAUACGAGGCGUUCGUUCUGCGCCUCCAAUAUCUUGUCUUCUUCAGAUGCUUUUCUUAGAUAUAUAACAUUGGUUGAAAUAUUUCUCUCGAUAAAUCUUGGCAUUUUGGAUUUUAUUCCUACGGUUGUCCCGAAGGAGUAUCUUAUGGUCGUGUUGAAAGGGAAAGGAAUCUUUUCUUUUUUUCAAGGAGGGUCUGUUUCUUUGAAAAUGUUAGGUAGGGAAUGGUAAACAUUUGAAGAAUCGAACACAGUAUUAUUUCACAGUGAUAUCGAACUUUGAAGUAGUUUUUGUUUUUUGAUAAAUCCACACGUACAUUCAAUUUUUGGAAAUGUAUGAAUAUACAGAGUACACUAAAUAUAUGCAAAAUAGUAAAAAUAUAAUAGAGUAAAUCCGAUGUAUCAAUAAUACUCACCAAACUAUCAUAUUGUACAAUCAACCGAUACAAAUGUCAAUAUUACAUGUAAACAUCAAUACUAUAAAUCGUAUACAUGUAAAUUCAUCUUCGUCUAAAAAACUGCUUACUCAUCAGUCUGUUAUGUAAUCAUCUUCAUCUUGUCUCUCAAAUGUAAGAAUCUAUCUCUGUCAAAUCGGAUAUACCAAAGUAUGUUAGUAUAACGGAUUAAAAGAACACAGUCUGAUACAACUAAUACAAACGUUAAAUAAUUAAAUAUAUUUAAUAAUAAAUUACACAUAAAUUCAUCUUCGUCCAACAGUUGUUCCCUCACCAAUCUUAUACAAUCAACAUUUUUCCUCUUCUUUCUCCGAUAUAAAAAUCUCUUUUUAUCAAAUUAGAAUCUAUCCCAGACGAAAUAUAUUAACGAUCGAUUAAUCAAUAAUGUUACAGGUAGCAAACACGUAGAAUGGUAGCCUCACAACACGACGGUACCAGAAGUGUUGGUGGCGGUGGCGGUGGAGACGGCGGAGGUGGCGGUGGCGAUGAAACCGUGUACACGGUGACCGUGAGUGGUGUCGGUUACAGGAACGAGGGUUACAAGGACGAUGGUACCGAUGGUAUACCUCCUGAGCCGCAGAAACCACCGCAAUUAUCGUCCACGGACGACGAUACCCAGUCCAGAAAGUUCAAGCUCUCCCGCGGCGAGAAAUGGCGGAUCUUAAAGAACAUUAGCACCGUAUCCGUGGCAUUUAUGGUGCAGUUCACCGCGUUUCAAGGCACAGCGAAUCUACAAUCGUCUAUCAAUGCCAGUGAUGGUUUAGGCACCGUGUCCCUAUCAGCGAUUUACGCGGCUUUGGUAUUAUCAUGCAUCUUCGUGCCAACCUUCGUUAUCAAAAGGCUCACCGUGAAAUGGACGUUAUGCGUAUCGAUGCUGUGCUACGCACCGUACAUCGGCUCCCAGUUCUAUCCAAAAUUUUAUACCUUGGUACCGGCUGGCGUGCUUCUUGGUUUGGGUGCCGCACCCAUGUGGGCUGCCAAAGCCACCUAUCUCACGCAGGUCGGUGGCGUCUACGCGAAACUCACCGAUCAGCCGGUUGACGCCAUCGUCGUCAGGUUUUUCGGGUUCUUCUUCCUUGCCUGGCAGACUGCUGAACUCUGGGGAAACCUCGUGUCGUCGCUUGUACUCACCGGAGAAGAGUUCGGCGGUGGCGGGAACCGUACCACGAAUUGGAACAAAAUCAAGUUCUGUGGAGCAGACUUCUGCGUCCUCGGGAACGGAGCCCACGAGACUCUGGAUCGUCCUCCAGAAUCUGAGAUCUACGAAAUUUCUGCGAUUUAUCUAACUUGUGUAAUCAUCGCCGUGAUCAUCGUCGCCCUGUUCGUCGAUCCUCUGUCGAGGUAUGGCGAGAAACAAAGAAAAGUGGACAGUCAAGAGCUCAGUGGUAUACAAUUGCUCUCGGCAACUGCUUAUCAACUGAAGAAGCCUUAUCAGCAGCUCCUUAUACCAAUCACAAUAUGGAUCGGCAUGGAGCAGGCGUUCAUCGGUGCAGACUUUACACAAGCCUACAUAUCCUGCGCGUUGGGUGUGCACCGGGUUGGCUACGUUAUGAUCUGCUUCGGAGUGGUGAACGCUAUUUGCUCCUUGGUCUUCGGCUCUUUGAUGAAAUUCGUCGGAAGACAGCCGCUUAUGGUGCUGGGUGCUAUCGUUCACGUUAGUCUUAUCGUCGUGCUACUCCACUGGAAACCGCACCCCGAUAACCCUUACGUUUUUUACACGGUUUCCGGGCUGUGGGGUGUUGGUGACGCUGUUUGGCAGACGCAAGUCAAUGGUCUAUACGGAACACUAUUCAGGCGUAACAAGGAAGCCGCGUUCUCCAACUAUAGACUAUGGGAGAGUGCCGGUUUCGUGAUAGCAUACGCAUACAGCACCCAUUUAUGCGCCCGUAUGAAGCUGUACGUGAUGCUAACAGUGCUUCUUAUCGGGACAAUUGGCUACAUCAUAGUGGAACUAUUGCAUAGGCGUAAACAGAAAAGGCUGAAGGCGAUCGCGGAGGAUCCGAAAGCGGCCCAAGCAGAGGCGAACCAAGUGGAAGAAACGGACGACGAAAAGGACGAUAUAGACGACGAUAUCAUUAUCACUCAUCUCUGAAGCAAUAUCACGAUGCGAACUCGCGCACCGACGAGGAAUCUCAUCAGUGUCUCAAGCUCUUCUCUUUUACUCUUCCUUAUUGCUUUUUCCUGUAAUAACGAACGCAGCUACCUUUUAUCAGUCGGCGAAGAUGCACGAUGAUACAUCCGACAUAGAUAAGCGAGCUAUCGAAAACUGACUGAAACAGUGGUAUCACGAUUGUUGCUUGUUUAUAGGAAGCGUAAGGGAUAGUAGGCGCGGUUUUUGUUUUAUUUGUUUUAUUUAAAAGAACGUAGGGCGGGAAUCGAUACGAUGAACGAUACGAAUAUAUAAAUUCAUCGAUUACUCGUGUUACUGAUAUUAUACGAAUUUGCGAUGAAAUUGUAAGUCCAUCUCGGAGAUGAAUUAUCAGUAAGAAAUAUCGCUGGAUCACGAUAAGAUGGAGAGAAGGUUUUACUCUUAUUAGAGCGUUCGAAAAUUUCUCUUUUUUUUUUUUUUUUUUUUGUAAAUUGUUCGCGCGUUGAUCGUUGAUUUUAUAAAUUUCACUUUAGACGAGCUUCGUUCGUUCUUCGCUACGUAACGUAGCGCGUGUUGGCGUAACGCGCGCCGACGUUUCUUUUCUUUUCUUGCAUCGAGGAACGAAAGAAAAGGAGAAAGGGAAACGCAAAUCGCGCACGCGACAAAGCUCGCGACUCUGUACUUGAAACGCGUUUCUGCUGAGAAACGAGCAGCCACGAGACACAGCGUGAAAGAAUAAAAGAAAGAAACCGACUCAUACAAAAUUAAUGAGGGAUAAGGAAAAUGCACGAAGGGUGUAUACCUAGACGACGAUCAGUCCCGCUUCGUGCACGUGUUGUUACACGUAUCGCUUGCAACGGUUCAACACACAGCGAUUCCAUUGUCGACCGUUAAAACGAAUUGCUUGCCUUGACGGUGCUAGAAGCGCGUUCCGAUGCCAUAUUCGUCCUUAUGCGUUUACAUAGUCUAUUCGAGAUCUUCACUUAAGCGUAAGUUUAAUUAUUGAAAAAACAGAAAAGAGAAAAAGAAAGAGAAGGAAAUGAUAAUAGGAACUAAAUUAAAAGUAUCAUUGAAGUAUCAGCCAUAAAUAAACUAUUAUAUAAAUCAGCGAAUUUGAUUUUUUCAAAUAGUACAAAGGGGAAAAGAUCAAGAAAAAUAAUAAAAUACGUUCAAAGAACGUAUACGAUAAGUAACAAAAUUACUUAUACAAUGAAAAUUAUACAAUAAGAAAUAUAUGCAACUGAAAGUAAUUUCAAAUAUUAGAAAUAUAUUAUUUAUUAGAUUCUGAGACAGGAAAAUCACAAAAGUAUUUCUAAGUACACUGUGUUACAAACUAUCUUAUUAUUAUUAAAUAAUAAACAACCUCUCGAUAUACUUUUUAUUUAAAAGUACAUAUAUGAGGUAUUAUUACAAAAUUCUUUAUACCGUCUUAUCAUUUUACAAAUUUUUGUUAUAUUUUCAGUUGUAAAAAUAAUUUCGUCGCUCAUUGUACUCGUUAUAGAUGAACAAGCAAAAGAGACCAUUCGUUAAACGAAUUCGUGACGUGUUGACUAUUCGUAGAUCGUACAUAUUCGUAAGAUGUAAGACACCUCCUCAUUGCCACUAUGUGGAAGCGCUUCGUAGCAACUUGCCAUUAAGUUUUAUCGGAAUUUGUGUCCCAGUUUUGUGAUAAAAAGAUCGGAUCUUCUCAUGCCGAGCGAUUCGAUCGUGAAUCCGCUUAUCUUGUAUAUAGAUUAUGGAUAGCAAUUGUAUAUGCGGUGAAAUGGAUAUUCCAUUUGAAUGCGUUGUUCUGGCUCAGUAAAGCCACGAUUUUUCAAACUGUAAACUGGCCGACUUCGUGUCUUUGUUGUCUUUUUUUUAUUCAUGACUACAGAUGCACUUAUUGUCAGAUCAAACAUCCACUGGAUCGAGCCUGUAAUUUAUAUUUUAACUAUUCUGUGACUAAAAUAUUUGCUAAACUAUGACGACAACGGGAUAAUUUAUUUUAUUAAUUUAAAUCAUGGGCACGAGGUUCUCUAUUCUGAGACACAUUUUAUGGAAUUUGCAAACGAUAAAGGAAUUUCAAUCGGAUGAUAUUUUCGUUUUGUUCGUCUGAUUGAUGCAGGCUAAGUCUGUCGUGGAAAACAGGCCGGGAUUGUGCAUCUGCAUUCGAUCGAUGGAACCGAAACCGUCGAAGAGAAUCAACUCACGAAGAAACAUUUCCAAGGAACAUUUCACGUUCACCAUCGCCAAGAGUAUGACGAGGAGGAAGAGCGUAGAUCGUAAAAUUCUAUCCGAUGCAUUUCUCUCGUACGUGCACCACGAAAUGCUUCCAAUUGUCAGUAAUAAUCGAAAUCAUGAUAAUAAUCGUGAAAACGAUAUCGUGAUUGAGCAUGAUCUUAAUUACGUAUGUUAGAGACAAUAACGAAAAAUUAUGACGUAUUAGUAGUAGACGUAAGGAACAUUGUAGUCGUUAAUUUAACGUUAAGUAUUCAGAAAAAUUUAUUUUAUAGAUCAUCUUUCUCUCUUUUCCUUUUCUUCUCUUUCGAUAUUCCAAAGAAAGAGAAAAAAAGGAAAAACAUGAAAGUAGGCAAAGGCGAAUAUUAUUAUACUUGUAUGUAUUCUUCUUUUCGCGAAAAUUCAUGAUCAAUUGUUUUCGUAACGAAGGACCAAGCCAAGAUGAUUAUAUUGUUAUCCAUAUAGAAUAGUCCCAAAAUGGAGGAAGGAAAAAAAGAAAUAUAAAAGGAUAGUUGGUUCUAUCCCGGACGUAAUGUUGAAUCAGUAUUUUGUUAAUCGAAUCGAAUUGUAUUAUGCGUUAGUUAUUACGAUCGUUCGAUGAUCACGUAUGAUGAACAUACUGACCUACUGUGUAUUGUAAUAUCAUCCCUCUCGACAGUAUGUAUUCCGUCCACCAAUCGAUAAGAUUGCUCAAGAAUCUUUAACAUAAGAUUAGAGUACCAAUAAAACCUAUGUCGCACUUACAUCUUUUUAUAUAUACUUACGUAAUAUGCAUAUAUAUUUUGCCAUUUCGAUGGGACCAAAAAUGUACUUAAUAAUUUCCAAGAAAGUAAAUAGCUUCCGUUUAAUUUGUACUUCUGACUAAGGGAAGAAGCAUAUUAUGGAUAAACGUUGGUCGAGGAAAAUUUGACGAAUCGUUUGACUGAAAUCGUACGGCUGAAAUUUCUAUCGUUAACUUUCACUUUUCUCGAUAGUUCGGUAGAUAGUAGGGAAACAGACUAGAGAGACGUAUUUCUUAAUGUCGUAACAUUUGUACAAAAGGAGGAUGAAUCUUUUGCGGAAAGUAUUAAAACAAUACUCUAUACAGUUGUAUAAAGGAAACGUGCACGUGCAUCGUGUUGUUUUCCUCCCUUUCGAUAAGUCGAAAGCAAUAUUUCAUUACAAAAUUUGUAACAGACUAUUGGACUUGUUGUUAUUUCGGUACCUGUAACAUCUUUUCCUGUAACUGAAUAGUUGAUAAUUCAUUCACUGGUGGGGCUUUUCCAAUUUUUACUUACACAGGAUUAUCGAGGAGGAAUUUUUUAUUCUUCCUGAACGAUUGCUGUAGCGUUUCGAAGAGGGAAAAAGAUUGGAUAAAACGUAAGUAUACAUAUAGAUUACACAUUGUUUUUUUAGUUGGUAAAUCACUGUUUAUUUACAACUUUGUUUUUUUUUUUUUUAGAUUAAUUAGGCCACUUGAGCAAGUAAACUUAAUAUAUAAUGAACUACUUAACAAUACAAUCGUUGCGAAUUAUUUUCGUAACUCUGAGCUACGAGUUAAAGUUUUCAUUUAAUGAUAUACUGUAAAUUUAUACUAACAAAUUUUUGUAAUUAAUAACUAUUCAGGAAUAUUUUUAUCAAUAUAGAAGACAAUUUCUAAACGAACUCUGAUAAUUUAUGCGACUACUCUUCCCUCUCUAACUAUUUAAUUAAAGUUCACAUAACUUUAUAAUUGAAUUUGUAAAAACUGUUUUAUAAUAUAUGAUAUGUGUGUGUGUAUGU